UGAUUUUCUGAAGUGUUCAUGAAUUAUCAAUCUAUGUAUAUAGGUUUAAUCCUAAUAUCGUUAAUACUAGCUUUAACUAUACAAGUGAUUAUCACGCAAACUACACCAAGAUCUCCCUGCAAUUGCGGUUAUCGACGAGAGAUACGCAAAUCUAAUGGAAACGAGGCUGGAAAGAAUGAAUUUACAUACAUGAGCGCAAUCUACGAUACGAAAAUGAAGAAAGGGCUGUGUGGUGCCACAAUAAUAUCUAGCAAAUACGUAGUUACAACUAUAACGUGUGUAGAAGAAUUGAAGAUAGAUAAUUUAGUUUUGCUUGUUGGAACGAAUACUUUGAGUGACAGAAUCAAGCCAGGUCCUGCGGCUGUUUAUCCUCUUAGAAAUAUAAUGACUCCACAAUAUUACUACCGAAAUGAAUCUGACAUAGCCAUUGUCCAAACUUACGAUCAUAUUCAAUUUAGCCUUUACGUUGGACCGAUUUGUUUACCGUUUAAGUACAUCGAUGAUCGUCUCGAUAAUAAAAAUUCUAUAAUUUUGGGUUGGGGAAAACCAUUUCAAAACUCGAAAGAUAAUGUUUUGCUUAGAAACACCGUUUCUACUAUCGGCAACUCCGAAUGUCAAGUUAAAUUACCUGAGGUAAAUAUAUUGGAAAGCGAUAUUUGCGUGAAUUUUGAAAAGAAAGGUGCAUCUUGUCAAUUUGGGUCUGGAGGUUCGUUGAUUCUUCGAGAUGAGAGCACUAAUCGAGAUUACCUUACCGGUUUGUUUAUCCAUAACGUGAAGUGCGCAAAUGAGGAAACUUCUGUUUAUACCAGGGUUACCAGUUAUUUGAGUUGGAUUAGGACUAUGACUCCUGAUGCUCACUACUGUACUAACUAAAAUUUAAAUAAUUAUUUUAACUUUUAAGUAAAGUUGUUUUGCGUUCGGGUAUUCAGUUACAACAUGUACCCGGAAACGUCCAGGAGGGGUUUUGAUCGGUGGCCGGGAUUUUUAAAAUGUAUAUAUAAAGAAACAUACAUUGUUAUAAAAAUAAUAAAUAAUCCUUUUUGAACUAUCAUUAU